AUGAAGAGUGUACUUAAUGCGCAGAGGCUGAUCCAGCUCUCGCAGUUCCAUCCGAAGCUGCAGAACAUAUGGUACUUGGUCGCCGCAGUGACCUUCAGCGUGUGCAACCACCCUCAGGAGCUGCCCAAGUUGUACCACUACGCGUUGGCGUUGAGCAAUGAGAAUGCCGACAUACAUCGCAUCACAUUGGCUGGGAAGUGCAACGAUAUGGUUGACAACUGCAUGCGGAGACCUGACCUCCGAGAAUCCAUUAUCAAUGAGGGAUUCCAGCAGCCCUCGAUCCUGCACAGUACCAUCACCCGCAAGUUUCGCGAGUCCAUUCUGAAAUCUGGUCCCUUAGCUGGACUUCCGAAAGCCAUCAAUGGUCUGCAUAGCUUGAAAGAAUACACUCCUUUGAGUUUACUUCCGAGUGUUUCCAGGGAGAUCGACCCAUGGCAUGCGUCAGUGAAUAACUGCAGACCGUACAUGUCCAAUGAAGAAUCUAAAACGGGAACUGGUCGUGUUGAAGAGGACUUUGAGGACAGAGAGGUCGCCAUGCAACGAGGUCUGAAACAUUGGAACUCUAUCUACAACAAAGUGUCCCAACGUAUCAUAAAUAACAUGAACUCGUCAUACCCUGACCUAUGGUACUACACUUUGGUGCACGUCUAUGGACCUCUACUUUCUAAUGAUGAAGUAUUGUCUGCUCAGGAAACCAGUUUCAUUGUGAUUGCAGCGUUGGUUCCUCAGGAUGUUAACCCCCAAUUGAAAGGCCAUCUCAGAGGUGCUUUGAAUAUUGGCUGCGAUAGAGAAGCAAUUGAAGCUGCAAGAAGCUUAGCCAUCCUGGUUGCUAAAUGGUGUGGUGUAACUUGGCAUGCAGAUAUUGUUAAACUAUGA